UCACAUAUUAUUAGUAAUACUAUAGCAUAGGAUUCCACUUCUCUCUCAAAACUUGAUACAACUGGACACACCAAAAUGCAGGCAGCUUUGAGCUUUUCACCAUCAUUUCUCCCCAUUGUUACACCCACAAAAACCUUGGCUUUGGCAGGCAGAAUCACGCCAAGACUGCAGACUCCCCUGUGUCCUUCCAUCAAAGUAACUCCUGCGACUAAUGACACUUCAACAGUCGACUAUAGCUCCAUGACCUCUGUAUUUCCAGCUGAAGCUUGUGAGACAAUUGGAGGGGAUGCAUGUGAUGCUGAAAUGUACCCUGAAGUCAAGCCCAAACCUGAGAUCCAGAGCAGCAAGGCCAAGACUAGUUCAGAGCCGAUUGACAGAGAAUAUCUGGACUACAGCAGUCCGAAGACUGUGUUUCCAGGAGAGGCUUGUGAUGAUCUUGGAGGAGAAUUCUGCGAACCCGAGUAUCAGGAAGGAGUUUACUAGAACAACCUAUUGAUGACUUAAUAAUUGAAGGUCUAUCUUCUGUUUCUUAUGUAAAUAGCCAUGGAUUCGCAGUGUAUCUAACAGCGAGCUUAAAUAAUGAAAUAAGCUUUAAAUCCAACUAUCAA